AAAGGGUCAACCAACUCCCUAGUCAAACUCUCUCUAUAUAAUCGCUUCUCCUUCUCCCAAACUACAGACAAUCCCAAAUCCCUUUCCAUUCUUUUCACUUCUGUUACACCCAAACACACACGUAAACUAAAUUAAACCUUAAACCUCUUACCAUACGCAACCAAAACCAACCACAUUUCUUUGCUUCUGCUAAAAUGCCAAGAAAAGGAAUGCGAACUAUCUUCUUCAAAUCAUCACCAAUUUCAUCACCACCACCAUCUUCGCCUCGCCGAACUUUCUCAGAUUCUUUAAUGGAAGAAAAUAUCGCCACAGCUGAGUUUCUCAUAACCAAAUGGGACUAUUCCGAUUCCGCCUCCGCCUCCGGCUCCAGCCACGGUUCAAGACUCACUACCCCUCUUUUCACCGGCACUCGCAACGAAGCCAAACAGUAUCUAAACGCGGUAACAGGGCUUCAAUCCGCUAUGCAGUACCUCGUCGCACGUGAUUCCACCUCCACCACGCUCGUGCGUGCUCAGUUCCUCAUGCAGCUCGCCAUGAAAACUCUCCAGAAGGAAUUCUACCGGAUACUCUCCUCAAACAGGGACCAUCUGGAUCCUGAGACUGUCUCCGUCUCCAGCCGCUCCUCCGUCGACCGCCCGAGCAGUGUUUCCGAUUACGACGAUGAAAUCUCCGAGGAGGAGUUCACCUUCACCGCCGGGAAUUCAAUUUCCGAGACGGAGCGUGUUUCUAUGCUUGCUAUGGAGGAUUUGAAGGCUAUAGCAGAAAGCAUGAUUGCCUGUGGGUACGGGAAAGAGUGUGUCAAGGUGUACACCAUCAUGCGGAAAUCGAUUGUGGAUGAGGCGCUGUACCAUCUCGGAGUGGAGCGGCUGAACUUGCCUCAGGUCCAGAAGAUGGACUGGGAGGUUCUGGAGUUGAAGAUCAGAAGCUGGUUGAAAGCCGUCAAGGUCGCCGUCGGGACUCUGUUUCACGGCGAGAGAAUCCUCUGCGACUACGUGUUCUCCGCCGCGUCGGAGAAGCGGAUCGCGGAGUCGUGCUUCGCUGAGAUUACCAGAGACAGCGCGGUGAUGCUGUUUGGCUUCCCGGAAAUGGUGGCGAAAUGCAAGAAACUAACGCCGGAGAAAAUGUUCAAGACGCUAGAUCUAUACGAAGCGAUCUCCGAUCACUGGCCGCAAAUUGAAUCAACAUUCUCCUUCGAAUCAACCUCCACCGUCAGAUCUCAGGCGGUUACCUCGCUUGUGAAGCUCGGCGAGGCGGUUAGAACGAUGCUAACGGAUUUCGAAUCGGCGAUCCAGAAGGAGAAUUCUAGAAAACCAGUACCAGGGGGUGGGGUCCACCCACUCACGCGGUAUGUGAUGAACUACCUCACCUUCCUCGCCGACUACAGCGGCGUGUUAACUGACAUCAUCGCCGACUGGCCGCAAUCUCCGAUGCCGGUGCCGGAAUCUUACUACCGGAGCCCCACGCGCGAGGAAAACGAAAACGAAAACGCGUCGGAGAUUUCGGAGCGGAUCGCGUGGCUGAUACUCGUCGUGCUCUGCAAGCUUGACGGCAAAGCGGAGCUUCACAAGGACGUGGCGCUUUCCUAUCUUUUCCUCGCGAACAACAUGCAAUACGUCGUCGUGAAGGUUCGCAGAUCGAAUAUAGGGUUUCUUCUCGGGGAGGAUUGGUUGGCGAAUCACAAAUUGAAGGUGAAAGAGUAUGUGUCGAAGUACGAGCGUGUGGCGUGGAACAAGGUGGUGGCGGCGUUGCCGGAGAAUCCAACGGCGGCGGGGGAAGUAGCGGCCAGGGCUUGCUUCGUGGCGUUCAACGCUGCGUUUCGUGAAGAGUGCAGGAAGCAGUCGUCGUGGGUCGUAUCCGACCCGAAGCUGAGAGAAGAAAUCAAAGGGUCGAUAGGUUCGAUGUUGGUGUUGAAGUACAGUGAUUUCUUUGAGAGGAAUCGGGUCGGGUUGGAAUCGGGUAUGGGGAUUUUACCCGGUGAAAUAGGGCAUUACUUGAAUGACAUUUUGCAUGGGAGUGAAGAUUCCGGUAGCUUGUCGUCUCCGCAUCGCUACAAUCGCCGGUGAUUUAGGUCGAUCAUCAAUGAUGCCAUGACUCACCUCGUGUGUUUAUUUUUUUAUUAUUUAGGACUAGAAAAACGACAAGAAAGUGAUGCUUGCUCAGAGUGUAUAAUAAUAGGACAAGAAAGAACUUCUAAUUACACGGGUGUUUUGUGCAGAUGAAUUUAGUAUUUUCCAGAAAAGUGAUUAUGAUU